AUGAUGAGGGUAUCAGAACCGAUACUGGACAUGGAGAUGGCAAAUUACAGUGAAGUUUUGGACCCAACUUAUACAACUUUGGAGUUUGAAACUAUGCAGAUUCUAUAUAAUUCAAAUGAUAACUCUGCUCCAGAGACAACAAGUAUGAAUACCACAGACAAUGGUGUCAACUGUCUAUGUGCUAUAUGUGGGGACAGAGCAACGGGAAAACAUUAUGGAGCAUCAAGCUGUGAUGGGUGCAAGGGCUUCUUCAGACGCAGCAUACGCAAGAGUCACGUUUAUUCCUGCAGGUUCAGUCGGCAAUGUGUUGUUGACAAGGACAAAAGGAAUCAAUGUAGAUAUUGUCGAUUAAGAAAGUGUUUUAGAGCAGGAAUGAAAAAAGAAGCUGUGCAAAACGAACGCGAUAGAAUAAGCACCAGAAGAAGCACAUUCGAUGGCAGCAACAUUCCCUCCAUUAACACACUGGCACAAGCAGAAAUUCGGUCUCGCCAGAUCUCAGUCUCAAGCCCUGGCACAAGCACUGACAUAAAUGUUAAGAAGAUUGCAAGUAUCGGUGAUGUCUGUGAAUCUAUGAAGCAACAGCUCCUAGUCUUGGUGGAAUGGGCUAAAUAUAUUCCUGCCUUCUGUGAGUUACCGCUGGAUGACCAGGUGGCACUGUUGAGAGCUCACGCAGGGGAACAUUUACUGCUUGGAGCUACGAAGAGAUCCAUGGUGUAUAAAGAUAUUUUGCUUUUGGGGAACAACUAUGUAAUUCACCGCAACAGCAGUGAAAUUGAGAUCAGCCGUGUGGCCAACCGGGUUCUAGACGAGCUGGUACGACCAUUUCAAGAAAUUCAGAUUGAUGACAAUGAAUAUGCUUGUUUGAAGGCAAUUGUAUUUUUUGAUCCAGAUGCAAAAGGGCUAAGUGAUCCAGUAAAGAUUAAGAACAUGCGGUUCCAAGUGCAGCUCAGUUUGGAGGACUACAUCAACGACAGGCAGUACGACUCCCGGGGGAGGUUUGGAGAGCUACUUCUGCUCCUUCCCACGCUGCAGAGCAUAACUUGGCAAAUGAUUGAGCAAAUACAGUUCGUUAAACUUUUUGGGAUGGUUAAAAUUGACAAUCUACUUCAAGAAAUGUUACUGGGUGGUGCUUCCAAUGAAGCUAGUCAUCUCCAUCAUCCCAUGCAUCCACAUUUGUCUCAAGAUCCAUUAACUGGACAAACUAUACUUUUAGGUCCCAUGUCAACACUGGUUCAUACGGACCAGAUCUCAACUCCUGAGACCCCACUCCCUUCCCCACCACAAGGCUCUGGACAAGAACAGUACAGAAUAGGCGCCAACCAAGCUUCAGUGAUUUCACACCAGCCUCUCUCCAAACAAAAGCAAUUGUGAGACUGUGUUUACUUCUGAGCGGCAUUGCGUAAAUGUGAAAACUUGUUGGUCUUGAAAUAACUCAGGAUAGUACUUUCGGCAAACUCUUGGCCAAGGUUUCUUCAUGGUGCUGUUAUAAGAUGGUAUCCUGUUUUUUUUGUUAUAGUCUCAUUUUGUUUGUUGUCACUAUUGGUUAAAACUUUCCAAUUCAAGCAGUGUAUAUCUGAGUUCCCAUAUGUUUGUAUAGUGUAUUUUUCCAGCUUCCCUUGCACUGUUCCUGAACUAGUUGAAUCUUGUGUACUACUGUCAUUUGUUGUCUUGAUAUUAAUUUAAAUCUGUAAAUAAUUGCUUCAUUGUGAUGUGAUGCAGAACCAAGUGUUCUUUUUUUGACCAGAACAGUAGAUCAGCAACUCCAGAUUAAUGUAAAAUGAACCAAGGUGUUUUUUUUUUUUUAUCAAUUUUAAACUUGCAAAUUAGAAAAUUAAAGCAGUUGCUAUAGAACAGGAAAUAUUUCUUUGAAGAAGAAUCGCUUCUGGAUAUCCUAUGGCUAAGAAGCAUCUUUCUGGCUCACAGUUAAAUAUGCCUAUAUUUAGCUUAGGAAAUCAUAAAUAGCCAUUCCAAGGAUGACUGGCUAGUCCUUGUAAUCUGCCUCUAUUUGAAGAUGUAUCUUGAGAUAAAACAUGUUUGCUUUACCAGUUAGGACAUAGGAUAAAUGGUUAAAAAAAAAAAAAAAAAGGAAAACCUUAAAACAGUGGCUCGACCAAGAGACAUUGAUUUUCUGUCCUAAAACAAUCUAGAAGUAGUCAUCCAUUGACUAGAACUUAGAGCGUGCUUGCAUCCAGUUCCCAGGGAGGCUGGGAAGCAGGCUUUAGGUGGCAAGCUUUGUGCCCACUAAACUGCACCACUCUGGGAGACUGCUAUUGGGAGACAAGCCACCAUCUGUCACACGUGCAUUGCCUUACUUAAGACUCACAGGAUCCCUAUCAAAGAGCUCUUAUUAUCUUUCACUUACAAAUGAAGAAACCAAUUGCUUAGAGGGUACAUAACCAAUGUUCAUAAACCUGAGGAGUAGGAGAGCCACCAGCUUCAUGCCCAGGUCUGCUUGACUUUAGUGAGAAUAAAUCUUUGAGGUGGGAUGAAAAAUGUGAGCUUUUCACUAUGGUUUUUAAAUGUAUGCAAUUGAGUGAUGACCGAAUCCUAUCCAUCUUGUUACCUUAGCACAUAUUUACCUGUAAUCAAUGAGUGUAAAUUUGUUGCAUCACAAAUAAGAAACCACUGUUGUAGUUUUAAUGUCUUUCCCCUAAAAAAGAAAAACUUGAAAACAAAUUAAAGAAAAUAAAAGAUAGAAUCCCAGAUAGGUUAUGAUUAAAAAAACACAAAUUCAAAUCACUGACUCAGCAGAUUUUUCAAAAAUCCAGUGGACUGAGGAGUUCAUUGGAACCCUAUUUGAUCUAAAGCUGAAGCUUAUUUAAAAACAGUGAUGGACCAUCUGGAAAACAGUGAUAUCUCUCUCUCCCUCUCUCUCUCUCUCUCUCUCUCACACACACACACACACACACACACACAACAUACACAUUUUAUUUCCAGAAACAAGGAAAAAUUGGUUGAGUAAUUAUCAGUGAUAUAAAAAAAAAAAAAUAGUGUCCCAAUCUGUAAGAGACUGAAUUCAGUGAUUUUUACAGAAUCUCAAAAUUUCUGAAAUUUCAUAGCCCCCACAUACCCUACAAAGAAAAAGGUUCUGUUAAUGUUAACUUAUUAACUCAGAGUAGGAAAAUGGUUAAUUAGAAGGUAUCAUUGAUUUAAUAAAAUCAAAAUUCCUUCAAUAGCUGGUACCUGAAAACUAUAAAAUAUAUCUUUGAGAGUGAAUGAGGGAAGAGGAAAGUUUACUUCACUCUUAUUUUGUGGAAAUUUACUCUAGCGUCUCAGUUUCAUGCUUUUCAUCUUUAAAGAUGAGCCCUUUAACUUCUCUGCAUAUACUUACUAAACAACUUUGUUUUGGAAAUUAUUGCUAACGAUUUUGUUUUAAUAACUAUGGUCAGGGAAUUUUUAAUAUAAUAUUUUUGUAUACUUAACUGCCAAAAAUGCUGGACAAAGAGGAAUGGAAGUUUUCAGCAUAUUUUCAAAAUAUUGAUAAUGAAACUUAUUGCUUUUAUAUAGCA